GGAUUACUGAUACUAAUUCGACCGCAUCGUAAAUUUUACAACAAAUUAGUAAUAUUACUAUCUUAUUCUUGUGACUUGUAGUCCAAAAACUUAAACGUGCACUACGUAAUCCAAAUUCCUCUAACUUUUGAUCAAAUCUAUACCUAUACUUAAGUAUUCGUUUCGCGAGCAAUAAUAAAAAAUGAAAGGUUUUUUGGCACUGAGGAGGAUUCAACAUCGGCUGUACACAGAUUUCGACGCCUUUUGCCACAUGAUACUCGGACGUACACCUCCACCUGAUCUUUCUUUUGUAAAUCAUGUGGAAACGCUCAAAYCGUCUACCCCAGCUCUUAUGAAUGUUCAACGGCUAUUUGRCGACUCCAUUCUUUGGGCUGUGCCAAAACAUAGGCGUACAAUUGAGAAAAGACUAAAACGCAAGUUUGGUUGUAUURAUGAUUUUUACAAAAUGCUACUACCUCGCACAGAUUUACUCACAUGUAACCAAUGCGGUCAUAAUUAUCAGAGACGUCAUUUGUGUCCAAAUUGUUACAAGAGGGUUAAGGAUGAAACUACACAGUUUCAGGAAGUCAUUGAAAAAGAAUUGGGCUUAGAACCUAUUGAGCAGGAUGUAGUGGUUCUUUAUAAAGGAGAGAAAACCAAAAAACCAGUAGAAGAAGUUUGGAAAGGUAAAAGAAUCAUYGAACUUAAACGGGAAAAACCGUCAUGGUUCUGUAGAAACUUAUUACAAAGGACUACUGUUGGCAACUCUGAUUCAAAAGAUGUACAGCCAUCAGAAUUAGCUUAAGCUAGUUUUUCUUUUUAGUAUAAAAUUUGUACCAAUCUUAUUAAUAUCCAUCACCUUGAUUAAUAAUUUAAUUAAAUCAAGUAGAUAUA